AUGGCCGAUAGAGGAGAAAAGCACAAUCUCGGUCGUCCGGACUUCUCCGAUGUAGUACAAGGUGAAGAUCUCGAGUUCCGGGGAUCGAAAGAAAGGACUUUCGAGAUCCACCGUAAGUUUUCCAUUCUCAGCUUCAAUUCACCACAGCUUCUUCAGCACUGUCUGGCCAAUCAGAUCGUGACAAUGGCAGGAGCAGCAUCUGGAUUUCUUGCCGGAGUCAUUGUGUGUCCUCUCGAUGUAGUCAAGACUCGUUUACAAGCACAGGGAGCUAUGCUUCGUUCCGACUCCAAUACGACCAUCAAAUAUAAGGGAUUUUUAGGGGCUUUCAAGACGAUUGUACGAGAGGAAGGUAUUAGGGGACUUUACCGAGGUCUUGUUCCUAUCACCAUCGGUUACUUACCGACGUGGACUAUCUAUUUCACAGUGUAUGAGCGCACGAAACAGUUGUAUCCAUCUAUAUUGCAUCAGUAUCUUGGCAUUGAGCGAGACUCGGCCACACAUUUCUUGUCAGCUUUGACUGCUGGAAUAACAUCGUCUUGUGCUGUGAAUCCGAUUUGGGUAGUCAAGACGAGAUUGAUGAUCCAGACAGGAAAGGGCCAUACGAUCUACGAUAGUGUCAAAGCUAAGGCCAGCACUGACAAGGUCAAAAGAACAUACUAUAAGGGCACAAUAGAUGCCUUCAGUAAAAUGUACCGCGAAGAGGGAAUCAAAGUCUUUUAUUCUGGACUUGUUCCGUCACUCUUCGGUCUUUUGCAUGUGGGAAUUCAUUUCCCCGUAUACGAAAAACUCAAAAAGUUUUUGCAUAGUGGUGACAUCACCCAUUCCAACACACUUUUGGGACGUCUCAUAGUAGCGUCGGCUCUCUCCAAGAUGAUUGCCAGCACCAUCACCUAUCCCCACGAGAUUUUACGUACGAGAAUGCAGAUACAGACGAAGUCCAAUAAGCCAGAAAAUGGUAAAGGAAAGUUGGCUGCAGCAAUAUUCAGAAUAUACAAGACAGAGGGCUUGAGAGGGUUCUAUGCGGGUUACGGAAUCAACUUGCUCCGGACGGUGCCCGCGAGCGCUGUGACGUUGGUAAGUUUCGAGUACUUCAAGACGUACUUGUUGGAGAUCAGCCAUAAGGUGUAA